AUGAAUUACACUAUUGCCAGUCAGGUUCUGUGCGAUGCAAUAAAAUGUCUUUUUAAUAAACAGAACGACACUAAAACACUGAAGAAGUGGAUGGCUGAAGUGGAUGUUUUUCUGAAGGAAGAAUGGCCUGCCCUUGGUGAUUCAGAAGCACUGGAAAAGCAACUCGAGCAAUGUACAGCUUUAGUAAAUGAUAUCCAGACAAUCCAGCCCAGUUUGAACAGUGUUAAUGAGGUUGGGAAGAAAAUGAAGAGUGAAGCAGAGCCAGAAUUUGCUUCCAGAAUAGAGACAGAACUAAAGGAUCUCAAUGUUCAAUGGGAACACAUUUGCCAACAGGCCUGUGCUAAAAAGGCAGCAUUAAAAGGUGGCUUGGAUAAGACUGUGAGUCUCAGAAAGGAUUUGUCAGAGAUGCAUGAAUGGAUAACACAAGCUGAGGAAGAAUAUCUGGAAAGAGAUUUUGAGUAUAAAACACCUGACAAAUUACAGAAAGCUGUUGAGGAACUGAAGAGAGCAAAGGAGGAAGCCAUGCAGAAAGAAGUGAAAGUGAAGCUUAUUGCUGACUCUGUGAAUAAUUUUAUAGCAAAGGCUCCACCUGCAGCUCAUGAGGCUUUGAAAAAGGAGCUUGAUGUUCUAAUUACCAGCUACCAGCGACUCUGCAGCAGACUGAAUGGAAAGUGCAAAACUUUGGAGGAGGUAUGGGCAUGUUGGCGUGAAUUAUUGUCAUAUUUGGAUGCAGAAAAUAAAUGGUUGAAUGAGAUUGAACUGAAACUUAAGGCAACUGAAAAUAUCCAGGGAGGUGCAGAAGAGAUUUCUGAGUCUCUAGAUGCUGUGAGAAGACAAAAGAGUCUUGAACAGAGUAUUCAGUCUGCCCAGGAGACUGACAAAACCCUCCGUUUAAUCCAAGAGUCUCUUGCUGUUAUUGACAAACAGCUAACAGCCUACAUUGCAGACAGAGUUGAUGCUGCACAGGUCCCUCAGGAAGCACAGAAAAUACAAUCUGAAUUAACAAGCCACGAGAUUAGUUUGGAAGAAAUGAAGAAACGAAACCGGGGUAAAGAUGCUGCCAAAAGAGUGCUUUCGCAAAUCGAUGUGGCACAGAAAAAGCUGCAGGAUGUCUCCAUGAGGUUUCGCUUGUUUCAGAAGCCAGCCAACUUUGAACAGCGCCUACAAGAAUGUAAAAGAAUUUUAGAUGAAGUGAAAUUGCAGGUGCCCAGGUUGGAGAUGAAGAGUGUUGAGCAGGAAGUAGUACAGUCACAGUUGGAUCAUUGCAUGAAAUUAUAUAAAAACCUGAGUGAGGUGAAGUCUGAAGUAGAAACAGUGAUAAAAACUGGGAGGCAGAUUGUUCAAAAGCAGCAGACAGAGAACCCAAAAGAACUGGAUGAAAGGCUUACAGCUUUGAAGUUGCAAUAUAAUGAAUUGGGUGCAAAGGUGACAGAAAAAAAGCAAGAGUUAGAGAAAUGCUUGAAAUUGUCCCGGAAGCUACGAAAAGAAAUUAAUGCUAUGACAGAAUGGCUUGCAGCGACAGAUGCAGAACUGACAAAGAGAUCAGCUGUGCAGGGGAUGCCUAGCAAUUUGGAUGCUGAAAUUGCCUGGGGCAAGGCAACACGGAAGGAGAUUGAGAAACGCCAGGUCCAUCUUAAGAGCAUCAGUGAUUUAGGAGAGAAUUUGAAGACAGUGCUGAAAGGAAAGGAAAGUCUAGUGGAGGAUAAACUUAGCCUCCUGAACAGUAAUUGGAUAGCAGUAACUUCACGUGCUGAGGAAUGGUUCAAUCUGUUACUGGAAUAUCAAAAGCACAUGGAGGCUUUUGAUCAGAAUGUAGCUAAUGUCACAACUUGGAUGUAUCGCGCUGAAAUACUGUUGGAUGAAUCUGAUAAACAAAAGCCCCACCAAAAAGAGGAAAUUCUUAAGCGCUUAAAGGCUGAGCUGAAUGAUAUGCAUCCAAAGGUGGACUCUGUGCGUGACCAGGCAGUAGACUUGAUGACAAACCGUGGAGAUCACUGCAGGAAAAUAAUAGAGCCUAAACUGUCAGAGCUCAACCAGCGAUUUGCAACUAUUUCGCAAAGAAUUAGGAGUGGAAAGCCCUUCAUUCCUUUGAAGGAAUUGGAGCAAUUUGACUUCGAUAUACAAAAAUUGCUUGAACCACUGGAGGUUGAAAUUCAGCAGGGGGUGAAUCUGAAAGAGGAGGACUUCAAUAAAGAUAUGAGUGAAGACGAUGAGAGUACAGUGAAAGAAUUGCUGCAAAGGGGUGACACACUUCAAAAGAGAAUCACAGAUGAGAGAAAACGGGAGGAAAUAAAGAUAAAACAGCAGCUGUUGCAGACUAAACAUAAUGCUCUCAAGGACUUGAGAUCUCAAAGAAGAAAAAAGGCUUUAGAGAUUUCUCAUCAAUGGUAUCAGUACAAGAGGCAGGCUGAUGACCUAAUGACAUGGCUGGAUGACAUUGAGAAAAAGUUAGCCAGUCUACCAGACCACAAAGAUGAGCAGAAGCUAAAGGAGAUUGAUGGAGAAUUGGAGAAGAAGAAGGAAGAUCUGAAUGCGGUGCACAGGCAGGCUGAACGCUUGUCUAAGGAUGGGGCUGCAAAAGCAGUGGAGCCAACCCUGAUACAGCUCAGCAAGCGCUGGCGAGAUUUUGAGAGCAAAUUUGCUCAGUUUCGAAGACUCAACUAUGCACAAAUUAUUACUAUGGUUUAUACUAAACUUGAUGGAUGUAAUCAGUUGCAAAUUGUUUAUAUUGGCAUGGAGCUAGAGCAGGCUUCACUUCGUCUUGUAAAUGAGUCUUUUCUUACAAUGAAUAUAUUUGUUCCUUUGAUAAGCAA